GGCGAAGGUGAGCGGUGGUGGGCAGAGGUGAGCGCCGAGCGGAGGUGAGUGGAGGUGAGCAAUGGCGGAGGUGAGCGGAGGUGAGCGAGGCGGAGGUGAGCGAGGCGGAGGUGAGCGAGGCGGAGGUGAGCGAGGCGAAGGUGAGCAGAGGUGGAGGAGAAGUGGUGGAGGUGGAAGAGAGGACAUGGCAGGAGGAGGCGAACGAGAGGAAAGAGAGAGGAGAUGGCGGGAGGAGGCUGACGGGAGGUGGACUGAGGUGGCGGAGGCAGAGGUGGGCGGAGGUGGGCGGAGGUGGGCGAGGGGAAGGUCAGCAGAGUCGGAGAGGAGGUGGGCGGAGGUGAGCGGAGGUGAGGUGGAGGUGAGUGGAGGUGGGCGGAGGUGCGCAAAGGUGAGCGGUGGUGAGCGGAGGCGGUGUCGGAGCUCCAAAUGCGGAGAGGAGAUGGUGGGAAGAGGCAAACGCGGAGGAGAAGUGGCAGAGGUGGAAGAGAGGAGGUGGUGGGAGGAGGCGGACGGGAGGUGGGCGAAGGCGGGUGAAGACGGAGGGGGGCGGAGGGGGGCGGCGAUGAGCGGAGACGGAGGGGGCGGAGGGUAGCAGAGGUGAGCGAAAACAGGGGAGGUGGGCGGAGGUGAGCGGAGUGAGUGGAGGUGGGCAGAGGUGAGCGGAGGUGA